GAGGGGCCUCGCCCUGGAAAAGUUUGGGAACCCCUGGUCUAGGAUAUCCCCCAGGCUCCCUGUGACCCUGUGUAAGAUAAACGGUACCGAAAAUGGAUGGAUAUUUACAGUUGUAUGCAGUCUGGAAUGGUGGUAUUGUGCUGUUUUUAGCAUGGAACAAUAGUGGGCCUACGCCACCUAAGGUGACUGCUAAGCUCAUCCUUGUGCAUCCUGUCCUCACUGUGCAUCCUCAUCUAUAAUGUAGCAUAAUAACAGCUGGCACGACAGAACCGCAGGUUUAAUCUGUAUUCAUCUACGUCCAGCUCCAGUGUAGUCAGCAAAACGCUGUUUUAAACCAUGACCCGAAAAUGGUCCAGACUCCAAGGAAAUUAAAGCGCCAGCAGCGUCUGAAAAAAAAAAAAAAUAAUAAUAAUGAAAAAAAAGGGGGGGCAGUUUUAAAGGGCGAGAUCGGUGUUGAAGUGCGGAUGGGGCAAACCACAUAAGCGGAGAGGAAGUGAGAGAGAGACAAGAGCAGUAUCUGCACGCAUCCUGAAGCGCGUCGCACCACUGACAGCGUACACACAACAGCUGGACGGAACCACGACCAUGUCGGUAAACAGCACGGGGUGUCUUAACCGGACAUCACCGCUGUCUUUUACCGGGAUGCGGAUUUCUACAGGCCGCUGACUGAAACACCGCAACAAAGGAGGGAAGGACAGCAGACGCUCUAAAACAGUCCGAGUGCUUUGUGAACGCUGCGUUAGUUGACCUCACCCACCAACGAUCAUGUUAUCCAUCUUGGCUGCGGGCUCUGUGUUUUUCCCUGGGCUUUUCCUCUUGUCCAAGCAGUGUCUGAAACGGCUGCCUGGUCUAGGCUGGCACGAGGGGGAUGCGGUGAUAGUGUCAGCCAGGUUGGUGUCAUCCGUUCAAGCCGUCAUGGCCUCCUCAGCUGGUUACAUCAUCUCAACUUCCUGUGAUGACAUCAUCAAGGAUCAGCACUGGCUGACCACAUCCUACAUCCUGUUCGCCGUGCCCUACUUCGUGUACGAUAUAUACGCCAUGUUCCUGUGCUACUGGCACAAGCUUCAGGUCAAAGGUCACGAGGUGGAUAACGGCCCCAAGUCCAAGUCUGUGGCCCUGAGCAGCUACCUCCGCAGAGAGUUCCUCAUGGUCUUACAUCAUGUAGUCAUGGUCACCGUGUGCUUCCCCGUCUCCGUGUUCUGGAGGCAGGGGAAGGGUGAUUACUUCCAGGGCGUCAUGUUCCUAGCUGAGCUCAGCACUCCCUCCGUCUGCUUAGGCAAAAUCCUUAUUCAGUAUAAGCAGCAGCACACACUACUUCACAAAGUGAAUGGGGCUCUCAUGCUGGUCACUUUCUUCAUCUGUCGAGUCCUUCUCUUCCCCUACCUCUACUAUGUUUAUGGCAGGUACGCAUCAAUCCCUUUUUACCAGGUCCCUCUUGCUGUGCCGUGGCAGUGUAACUUGGGUGCUGCGCUGCUCAUGGCACCGCAGCUGUACUGGUUCUGCCUCAUCUGCCGCGGGGCUCUGCGCUUGUUCACUGGUGGCUCCUCACGUUCCCGUUGCCCUACCUCUCCCUCUAAGCUCCUCCUAGAUGGACACACAUCUUUUCAGACAGGCAAUGGCUACUGUGGUCAGGCGGCCACUCUCGACCCGCCCACCACCACGAUCCACUAAGAGUGACACUUAGCUAAAGAACAAAUGUAUGUGUGUAUGUGUGUGUAUGAGUUUGAGACUAAAUGGGUCACAAAAUGAGUCUGAAUGAAUUAACUGUGAAGAAGAGGAAACGAAGUGACACUGGAUGUGCAGUACUAUAGCAGUACAUUACAGCAUUCUGUUUAGCUCCAAGACCCAUGUACUGCAUAUAGGACUGCUUUAGUAGACAUAUAAGAGCUGUGCUCACACACACACACACACACACACACACACACACACACACACACACACACACACACACACACACACACACACACACACACACACACACACACACACACACACACACACACACACACACACACAAAAAAAAAAGACUGGAAUGAACUUUGCAGUUGUGUUUGCACAAUAGUUUCAACACCUGAGGCAAUAUGUGUCAUUAUUAUGCAUUAUAUGACACUAAAUGGGUUAUGGCUGAUUAGAUAGGCAUGUAUUGGUUUUGUGCAAGAAAUCAUACAUUUAAUGAUGAAUAAACGUGACGGAAAUUUCAUGGAAAAAUCCAAAUCGAAAUGCAAAUAUUUUCAAAUAAGAGUUUGGUUUUAGAUAAACCUAACUGGCAAUAAAACCUAAAUUGGUUACAUAAGCAAGAUCUUGCGUAUGUAAAACAGAGAUCUGCAAAGACAUGAGAUUUUUCAACCUCUACAGAAAAACCUUUCUGGAAUGUAUUAUUUUGUACAUGCUAGUUCCUUGUUUUUAGACAGCCUGGCUACGCUUAAUAACCGAAGCAUAAAAGAAAAGGUGAGAUGCUACUCAAAAGUCCUGUCCUAAGGCCUUAUGGUGACCUGUAGAUUGACUUUAAGGCAGAACAUUCAGGUAGAUCUUAACCAGCACUAUCAACUGUAUCUAUCUAUAUAUCUAUCUAUAUAUACUACUUGUAUAUACAAAGAUAAAAUAGACAACCCUGAAUUUAUAGGUGAGAAACGAACGAUCAAUAUAUCGCUGCCUUAUCCAUUUUGGAAUUUUGUGUCAUUUUAGUUUUUGUUUGCUUUUUUGGAUAUAGGAGAGUAGUUAAAUGAAAAACAAACAAACAAACAAAACAAAACAAAACAAAACAAAAAACUACAGUGUGGGCAAGUCAAAGGUGAAAAUUUUCUCAAGAUUUUUGUUUAUGCUUAUUCUUUGAUGACAAGUCCAAAUUUAUUUAUUCAUUCUUUCGUUAAAAUGUCAUUUUGAAAAAAUCGAAUUAUUUAGUGUUCUGUCCAUUCAGUCCAAGAUUUAUGUUCGUUAUCAUACUGGUUAUGAAAAUGUAUGUUGAAACUGAUAGCCUGUAUUGAAUUCCUAAAUUAUUAAAGUUAUGGACAUAUGACCCUACAGUAAACCUGAAAUGCUUGCAAACGCUGUCUUGCUUUUCAGUUUUUUGGAAUGACGAUGGAAUAAACUACAUACAGGAGGGAAACUACA